CGCCCAGCCGCGCCUCACCCGGUUCCGACUUCCCCUCCAGCCCGGCUCGCUCCCCGCUCCCCGCUCCCCCGCUCCCCGCCGGCCACCCGUGGAGCCCGCGCCGCCCGCCGCGCUCGCAGAGGCCGCCAUGGGCCCCGCGCGCUGGCUGGCGCUGGGCAGCCUCCUCGCCCUGGGCGCGCAGCUGGAAGGCCGGCUGGUGGGCGAGGGGGACGCCGGCUUCGGCGAAUGUGACCCGUUCUUCUACGCCGGGACCCCGCCCGAAGGGCUGGCGGCCGAGGGCCACGUGAAGAUCUGCCAGCGCUCCGCGGGCGCCGAGCGCUUCGCCACCCUGUACAGCACCGAGGACCGCAUCCCCGUGUACUCGGCGUUCCGCGCCCCGCGCCCCGCGCCCGCUGGCGCAGAGCCGCGCUGGCUGGUGGAGCCGCAGAUCGAUGAUCCCAACAGCAACCUUGAGGAAGUGAUUAAUGAGGCUGACGCCAUCACCACUGUGGACAGGCUGGGAAGCAAGCAAGCCUUGACUACAGAUUACCUGGAUUCUGAUUAUCAGAGAGGACAGCUGUACCCGUUCUCCCUCAGCAAUGACUUGCACAUGGCCACAUUCGCUCUCACAAAUGCAGUUCCGAUGACCCAGGCCUUCCAGGAACGGUGGUACAUGAAUCUGAACAGCCUCAUGGACCGGGCCCUGACCCCACAGUGUGGAGGUGGGAACGACCUAUACAUCAUCACAGGCGCCGUGCCCUCAGACGUCAAAGUCAAAGACAAGGUGACCGUCCCUAAGUUUGUUUGGCUGGCAGCCUGCUGUGCUGUCCCCGGAGGAGGCUGGGCCAUGGGCUUUGUCAAGCACACCACGGACGGUGAUGUCAUAGAAGAUGUGAUGGUGAAAGAGCUGGAGAAACUGCUUCCGUCUAACCCUCAGCUGUUCCAGAACAACUGUGGUGAAACAGAACAGGACACGGAGAAAAUGAAAAAAAUCCUGGAAAUGGUUAACCAAGUCCAGGAUGAAGAGCGGAUGGUGCAAUCUAAAGAAACCACUGGUGCCCUCCCCAGCACAAGGAGCAAGAGGUCUGCUCUGCAGCCUCCAGAGGCACCCGAGGAAAGGAGGAGCUUUCUGGGGAAUCUCGUAGGCUUCAUCGCCGCCCCGUUCAUCAAGCUUUCCCAAUUAAUUUGCUACCUUGUGGUAGGCAUCCUGAAGAACACGGUGUAUGUCCUGUGGUAUGCCACCAAGCAGGUGAUUAAUGGCAUAGAAAGUUGCCUUUACCACCUGGGUUCGGCCACUGUCUCCUACUUCUUGGCCAUUGGGGAAGAGUUGGCAAGCAUUCCCUGGAAGGUACUCAAAGUCAUAGUCAAAAUCAUCAGGGCCAUUCUCCGGAUCCUUUGUUGUCUGCUGAAGGUUGUUUGCCGCAUUCUGGGCAUCCCUGUCCGAGUCCUUGUGGAUGUGGCCACUUUCCCCGUGUACACCAUGGGCGCCAUUCCCAUUGUGUGCAAGGACAUUGCAGUGGGCCUCGGUGGCGCCAUCUCUCUGCUCUUUGACACUGCUUUUGGUACCAUGGGUGGCCUAUUUCAGGUUGUCUUUAGCGUCUUCAAGCGAAUUGGCUACAAGGUUACUUUUGAAAAUUCUGGGGAGUUAUAGAAUUCAAAAAACUAAUAGUGGCCAGUCACAGUAAAUUUGAUUUUUUUUUUAAUAGAAAAGGCUGGAAUACUUUGUACAAUGGGUCUUUGUUCACUAUCAACUAUCAUUAAUUUUGGCCUUUCAUGGGGAUGAAUGUAUGUUUUUGCAAAGGAAGAUGGUGCAAUUUAGACUUGACCCUAGAGAAAUGGUCAGGGUAGGACUAUGUGUAGGUCAUCUGAUAUGAAAUGAGCAAACUUCUAAACCAUAACCUUUAGUUAUUUACUCUGAUACAGAUGGCCAGCUGAGACAUUCUGGUGUUCAUUAAAGUUCUACAAGAGGGGAAAAUGAAAAAGAGGACAACUUUAAACCAAAGGGUUUCUGAGACGAUGAGAAAGAAAUCUUGUUCCUCUUGUUACUCUCUGAGACUCAAGGCAAAACUGGUAUAAAUAUUCUUGGCCAAUGUGUCUUUCGCUUCUCUUUCUCCUCAACUCAGCCGACCUUGGUGAGAUGCGGACAUGCUUCCCUGGUGAAAUAGCUUCCUUAGGGUAUAGAGUCUGCUAUAUCCCUUAGCUUUCUGUGGCUUCUAAGGACCUUUCAGAUGUUUUUUAUUUUUUU